AUGAGCCCAUCCAUAAUCGAGAAAUACAAUGAGAUCGUAUGCAGCCUCCGCUCGAAUCUCGAGUGUCCGUCGUGCCGCCUGCACUAUCGAAAUCCGAAAAUAUCUGUCCGCUGCACCCACGCAGCGUGCUACGAGUGCUUCAUAAACCUGGUCUGUCCCGUAUGCCAAACGCCGACGUCGGAGGCCGAUCUCAAAGACGAGAAGAGACUCCAACAAUUGAUCUUGAUCUUCAAAUCGCUUCAAGUCAAAGCUGCUCCGAAAUCGAAUGCUGAGAACGUCCCCCAAACAGCGACGACGAAUGCACGUUCGAGCUCGGCGAACAUCGACUUGCAGCCUGCUUUCCCCACGACUCCCCAACAAUCGGCACGAAACGCGCGAGCCAGUGCUGCACAAGCGAGUAUUCAGAAAAUCGACAAGAAAAACCGUCACGGAGAAACGCCUCUGCAUGUCGCAUGCAAAAAGACAGGUAAUAUCGAUCGUGUACGGGAACUUCUGGCGCAAGGUGCCAAUCCAAACACUCAAGAUUACGCCGGGUGGUCCCCACUCCAUGAGGUUGCCCAAUCGGGAGACUCAGAAAUCGCGAGAGCUCUCCUGAUGAAUGGCGCGGAUGUCAACAUCAAGGCAUCGUGUCUCACAAGUCCUCUGCAUGACGCGGUGACCACAGGCUUCGUCGACAUCAUCAAAUUGUUCCUCGAGUACGGAGCUGACCCUCUUGCGGUCAACUCUGACGGGAAGACACCAAUGCAGCUGUCCUCAUACAACGAAGUCAUCGAGAAUCUGCUCAAAACCGUCAAACCGAAAGAGGAAAAUAUCCGAGGCGCGACCACGGACUCCACCGACAGGAAGAGACUUGUCAUCAUGACGUCUUCUCUGAAAGAGCCGCAAAUGGAAAAAUUGAACGAGUUCUUGGAGCUCAUGGAUGCGCAGUUGGCAGCUCACUACACGCCACAAGUCACGCAUUUGGUCGUGAACUCUGACUCGAAGGGCGACACGCAGCGCACAUUGAAAUUCCUUCAAUGCUUAGCAUCGAGGAAAUCGAUCGUCUCGUAUCAAUGGGUUGAGCAAUGCCUGAAGACUCGUACACUCGUAUCGGAACUGCCUUUCGAGGUAAAAGGAUGUCGGCAGUUCUCGAACACCGACGCUCCCCGGCGAGCCAGGGAAGCGGCCGACGGGGAACAAGUUGGUCUUUUGAGCGGCUUCAACGUAUACUUCGCGCCGCUCGACAAGCCCUACGUCCCUACAACGGACAACCUAAUUCAGCUGACCGAGCUCGCCGGCGGGAAUAUUCUGAAGAAACACCCGAAAACGUCCGUUGGAGACGAUUCGUCCGAUUCGAGCGCCUCAUCGCCGCACGUGAAGCCGACCUCGAUUUUCAAGAAACACAAGAGCCUCGUUGUGGGACUGGAUUCGAAGAUUAGUGCGAAUGUUCUGUACCUCACAAGAGAUUGGCUGAUAGAUUCUAUUUCCAAUUUCGAAUUAAUCGAGCCGCAUCUGUGAUAAUACUGCAGAACGUGGAUUGUCCCUUCUCACCUUUGGGAAUGGCCAUACAGAAGCAGCCCAGAGAACUAAAGAGACCGACGGGAAGCGACGCCACCAGUCGUUGCUGAUGAACCUUUCGACGUUCCAGAUCUAUUGACUUUGCACCGCAAAAUCUGCAUCUAUUGUGUUUUUCUCCGGAGCGUUGACUCCGGUCGAUAAGCCUAGCACGGCGGUCACGGCCGUGCCGGAGCCGUCAUCGCCUAGCACCCGUUCACGGAGGAAUAGUUAAAAUCAUUCGAUGGCAUGAACCGGUGUUUUACUUUUAUGCAUGACUUAUGAGAAGAUGGACUUGGAGAGAAUUAUCGUAUUUGGCGCGCGGACCGGC